UCUACGGUGGCUCUUCUUAACGACUUGUCUUCUAAUAAGGAUUAUAUCUAAACUUGCCAUUUACGUUUUACAAAGGAAUUUUAAAAAGCCUUACCUGGUUGUUAAUGCUUUGAAUACAACGUGCAUCUGCUGCCGAAAAAAAAAGGUGCAGGAAAUAUUGGUGGGGACUGUCCCCUUCAUGCCAGAGUUGGUGGGGACAUGUCCACACCAGUCCUUCAGGAAGUUACGCCUAUGCUACAUUGCCAACACCGACACGUAAAGCUGACAGCUCCUACUGAAGCCAAGAAGCGCCGUGCACCUAAAGCUCCAGAGCUUCCUAUUGUGGAGAGAAGAAACUGGCUGAUCCACCAGCACUAUCUGCGCAAAGACUAUGAGACCUGUAAGGUGAUCAUUAAAGAGCAACUCCAGGAAACCAAUGGGAUGUGUGAAUAUGCCAUAUAUGUUCAAGCACUAAUCUUACGUCUUGAGGGGAAGAUCCAGGAGUCCCUGGAGCUGUUUCAGAGCUGCGCCAUCCUUAAUCCCAGCAGCUCAGACAACCUCAAGCAAGUGGCCCGAUCACUAUUUCUUCUUGGAAAGCACAAAGCAGCUAUUGAGUUCUAUCAUGAAGCAGCAAAGCUUAAUGAGAAAGACUGGGAGAUCAGUCAUAACCUGGGUGUGUGUUAUUACUUCAUCAAAGAUUUCAGAAAUGCUGAGGAACAUCUAAACGCCGCUCUGCAGACAAAUAAACAUGACAAGACCUUCGUGAUGCUCGGGAAAGUUCAUCUGCUGGCUGGAGACGCCGACAAGGCCAUCGAAGUGUAUAAGAGAGCAGUGGAAUUCUCUCCAGAGAACACUGAACUCCUGACCACUCUCGGCCUCCUUUUUUUGCAGCUCGGGAAGUACCAGAAAGCAUUUGAGCAUCUUGGGAAUGCCCUCACUUUUGACCCCAACAAUUAUAAGGCCAUCCUGGCCGCAGGCAGCAUGAUGCAAACCCACGGUGACUUUGAUGUGGCCAUGAACAAGUACAGAGUGGCAGCGUGCGCCGUGCCGGAGAGCCCCCCUCUCUGGAACAACAUUGGCAUGUGCUUCUUUGGCAAGAAGAAGUAUGUGGCGGCCAUUAGCUGCCUGAAGCGCGCUCACUACUUGUCUCCCUUUGACUGGAAAGUGUUGUACAACCUGGGGCUGGUACACCUGACCAUGCAGCAGUACGCCUCAGCUUUCCAUUUCCUCAGCGCAGCCAUUAAUCUGAACCCACGGAUGGGGGAACUCUACAUGCUGCUGGCAGUCGCUUUGACUAAUUUGGAAGAUGUAGAGAAUGCCACCAGAGCAUACGAAGAAGCAGUGAAUCUUGAUGACCCCCACAGACCCAACCCCAUGGUCAACCUGAACUUUGCAAUAUUCCUCUAUAAUCACGGAGACAAGAAGAGAGCUCUGGAUCAAUAUCAGGAGAUGGAAAGGAAAGUCAACCAUCUACGGGAUAGCAGUAGCAACUUUGAGUUUGAUCUGGAGCUGAUGGACAUGGCUCAGAAGAUGGGCGCUGUCCUGCAGGUAACAGAUACUCUGGUUUGGACUAAACCCGGCAAGGACUCCAAAGCCAAGCCUCACUCUGCAGCAGCAGCCAAAACCCCGGGAGCUCCUCUCGGCACCAACCAAGCUCUGGGUCAGGCCAUGUCUUCAGCUGCCAGCUACAACAAGAACAUCCAGCUAACUACAGGCGUUUCCAAAGGCCCUUCCACAUCUCUCGAGCCAGAGCCUGAUGUAGAAAACGCCCCCAGCUCACCGACUGACCCUCCAGGCUGCCCAGAACCUGAAGAUCCAGACGGGUCCAAACCCAGAACCUCUAAGAGGAGAUCUAAGGUGAAGGAAACCCUGGGACAAUCUGAGCUCGAGCCAAGAUGGUGUAGACAGAGCGAUGCUUUUGAACAUUUGUAUCAUACGACUUUAUUGUAAAUCGCUAUACUUGCAUUUAUGUGUGGAUAACUGUUAGUGUUUCUAAGGAAUAAAGUAUUUAACAUUAGAUAAAUAC